CUAUUUAGACCUUCACUUCUCUCACUCUCGAACGCGACAGCCACCGUCACCGAUUCGAAGUUGACAACACAAUCACGGGAUUAGGGGUUAUUAACGGACACAAAAAAUGUUAUCCGGCAGACCGGCGGCCGUAGCCGACGGAGACAUGCGUCUGGUUGCGGUGCCGGAGAAGCAGACUCUAGCUCUGCCGCCUCGACCUCCGGCUGCUGGAUCGAACGCGCUCGUCGAGUACACACCGCCGGUGCCUAAUCCUGAAGAAGAGGACCUCGAGGUAAAGCUCCGUCGCAUCAACGAACACGUUCCCCUUCGCGUCAACAACACCUCUGGUAGCUCUGCUGGUUCUGGCUCCGGCGACUUCCAUCAGUAUCGGCAAAUGAGACGGAAAGAACAAGACCGGCUUGCACGGAUGGAUGCUGAUUACCAGAAAAGGCAAGAGUUGGCAGAGUUCAACAAGAGGAAGGAGGAAAGAAUGAAAGCUGCCGAGGAAAGGACAGCAAAGAAUCGGUUGAAACGCCAGAAGAAAAAACAGAGGAAGAAAGUGAAGAAAAGUAAAUUGAAUGCUGGCGGAGAAGAGCAUCAAACAAAAGCAGCUUCAGACGAUGAUGGGGACUCUGAUAACGAUGAAGAAGCGGAAGUGUGAGAUUUUCACACAAUUUUGUAAUCCUAUACUUCGGCCCAUCUCUGGGAUUAUGAGGACUUCCGAAUGGAGUAAAUAGGCGACAAGCCAUUUUGCAGGUUCUGUAAUCUGGUUUUCCUUAUUUGUGCUCAUAGGAUUUUGCAGAGAUACUUGGGCAGUGGGGGGAGAAACCUAGGUUUCAGAUUGCAAAUUUGCUUUCUAAUGUAUCGAUGUGCCAAUAUGUUACUAUACUGAUUUCUCUGAUGGAUUCCUACCUAUGAUGCUGACUAUCUCAUAAUACCUGACUAAAUGUUGAUAUAUGCAACCUCCAUUUCUAUUA